AUGAUUUUACUUUUUCUUUUUUUUAUCAGUAUAAAAAGUGCAGGACAAGGCGUUUACUAUGGUCAGUUAUUCUUGGCUGUUAAAAAAAAUCAUAAGAAUUUAAUUAGAAAAAAACAUUCAGCAAAUUUUGAUGAUAAAGAGGAACUUUUGUCUGAACCCCCAAAUGUAUAUUUCAUUGAUUUUAAUUCUGGCGAAAAUGAUGAAGCAAAAGAUCAAAAAAAUAAAAUGCUAAAAGCUGAACAUAAUUACCUUAAUUUUUCAGAUAGGGACUUUUUAUUUGAUUUUAAUGCACUUGAAAUUCCCUCGAAAAAAAAUGUAUUGCGUGCCUCAGAAAAUUUAUUUUAUUUGAUAAUUGGUAAUGAAAGUUUUUCUAAAACAUUGCCAUUUGCGAAAUCAUUGGUCUUUGACAAUCAAAAAAAAUAUAUGAAGUUAUUUAAAAGGUACGUAAAAAAGUUUAUAUUUCAUCAAAAGAUGCCAAAGCGUAAAGCUAAAUUAGAUAACUUUAUAAAAGAAAUAGCAAAUUAUUCUAAAAAUCUUAUUUACAGAAUAAGCAUUCUUAUGAAAUAUAAGCCCCGUAAUGAGGUUUUUUUAAAAUUGUGGAAAGAUACAUUCAAUAGUAUUGAUCUUAAAGUUACUAAAAACGGUAAAAAAAAAAUAAUGCAAUUAUUUCAUCCUGAUAAAUUAAAUAGGUUAAAUGAAUACAUUGACGCUUUUAUGGCCGAAAAAAUUAAAAUGAAGGAAAGAAACAGGAUUGAUCUUUUGAACAGAGAGGAUGAUCAAAAUAGUCAUUUACAUUUAGGACAACAUAUUGGUACAAUUGUAUUCGAUAGUAUAAAUGAUGCCAAUACAGAAUUGCUUAUUCAAUAA